GGGGUUGGCAGGAGCCUUAAGGGAAGUAGGAAGCUCAACAAGCGAGCGCACCGUACAGAACCGGGGCCCAGGGUUGCUUGCCAUGUCUGCGGGAGGCCCCCGCGUGGGAUCCGUGUCCGUGGACUCCUACUUGUUCUCUCUACCGUUGGUCGCGCUCAACGUGGGAGUGAGGCGCCGCCUCUCGCUGUUCUUGAACCCGCGGACAACCGCGGCGGCCGACUGGACCUCGCUGGCGGAGGAGAUGGGUUUCGAGUACUUGGAGAUCCGCGAGUUUGAGACGCGCCCCGAUCCCACUCGCAGUUUGUUGGAUGCCUGGCAGGGGCGCUCUGGCUCGUCGGUCGGCAGGCUGCUAGAGUUGCUAGCCUUGUUAGACCGUGAGGAUAUACUGUAUGAACUGAAGGACCGCAUCGAGGAGGACUGCCAGAAAUACAUACGCAACCAGCAGAAACAGGAGUCUGAGAAGCCCUUGCAGGUGGCCAGAGUGGAGAGCAGUGUCCCACAGACAAAGGAACUGGGAGGCAUCACCACCCUCGAUGACCCCCUGGGGCAAACGCCGGAGCUUUUCGACGCCUUCAUCUGCUACUGCCCCAGUGAUAUUGAGUUUGUGCAGGAGAUGAUCCGGCAACUAGAACAGACAGACUAUCGGCUUAAAUUGUGUGUGUCCGACCGCGAUGUCCUGCCUGGCACCUGCGUGUGGUCCAUCGCCAGCGAGCUCAUUGAGAAAAGGUGUCGUCGCAUGGUGGUGGUUGUUUCUGACGAUUACCUGCAAAGUAAGGAAUGUGACUUCCAGACCAAGUUUGCUCUCAGCCUGUCUCCAGGUGUCCAACAGAAGCGACUGAUCCCUAUCAAGUACAAAGCAAUGAAGAAGGACUUUCCUAGUAUCCUACGGUUCAUCACUAUCUGCGACUAUACCAACCCUUGCACCAAGUCCUGGUUCUGGACCCGUCUUGCCAAGGCUCUGUCCCUGCCCUGAAGAUGGCCCCGGGAGCCCUAGGGCAGAGAGGAAGAUGAGCUGACUUGGAGCCGGAUUCUCCAACGCUGUCCUGUCUGCAUCUUUGGCUCCCCUCAGGCUCAGUCCAUGUUCAGUGGUGACUGGCCUGAGCAACCAGGACAGCCUUUUACUCCCACCCACCCAUGCCUGGGCACACAUCUCAGUUUUGCCUUGCUUGAGGUGGCAUCCUGUCUCCCCUGACAUGCCUAUCACUUACGAGCUGGGCCACCAGGACCACAAGGACAAUGUCAUCAGGGAAGCUUCCUCCCUGGCUCGCCAACCCCGAAGGCUUUCUACCAACCUUCUGUACGAUGAUUACUUGCUUUGUUAACAAGCAGCAGACACACAAAAACAUUCCGCCCCCAGUGGCUGGAGGCAUGUGGCCCCAUAUAGUCUUGUUUGUGCUUCCGGGAACACACAGGCAUCUGCAUAUGUGUGUUUCCUUUGGGACAGCUCCUAAGAAUAGCUGAGAGGAAGAGUUCUACCAUCAAGGGGGCCUGGCGGUCUCCCUGGACAAAAAUGAAGUGCCUUUGCAUGAGGUAGUGGCACGUGCCUAUAACUCCAGCAUUUGGGCGGUAGUCCAGGGUUAUCACUGACUACACACCAAGUUUAAGGUCAGCCUGGGCUACAUGAGAGCCUAUUCCCCCACAUCCUCCCCCACCCCCACAAAAGAUGAUGGCACUGUUAAUUUCUCCUCUCUUUUCUCCAAUCAUUGAAAGCAAAGUCUAGAAAGGCCCCUAAUGUGAUAGCAUUUGGGCCUUUAGCAAACUGAAGAUUUAAAAAAAAAAGGAGAAGCAGUUUGGCUUCACCCCACAAACCAGCUGCAGGAUCAGCUGUUUUCUCCCCAGCAGUGCGGUUUGCAAAUUCCUCUCAAGUUCUCUAACACAGAGACAAUGUCAUGGUCCCUCUCAGGGCACACACCCCAGGGUCCUGAGUCCUAAAGAAAAUGGGUCUCCCCUCAGUGUCUGGAGGAGGAAUGGAGGCCUCUUUGCACGAGCUCGUGGGGCAUUUCAAUGCUUGAUGUUGAGCAUUUGAAAGCAGCCUUGGGAAAGUGUCUCCUGUACCUGUUUUAUAGGUUUUCUGAGGAUGUCAAUAGAGAGGCUCCUAUUUGUGGUUUGUACUUCUGUAUGUGAAAUUUAUAAUAAAAAGUAUUCUAUUUUGAGAAAG